CUUCUAGAUUUGAAUGACCGCAUACUACGCCGGAGAGUUGUCAUAACCACACAGAACAACAAAGGACCGCAUUGUAGGAACAAUUGCAAAACGAAAUUGAUUGCAAUACAGGAUCUUGAUGAGCAAAAUCAUUCGAAUGCGUCGCAUAAAGAUCAUCACUUCUCUCAAUGACGUGGGACUCCUUCCAACUCUCACGUGAUGCGAUUACAAAAGCAAAAAUGACGUCAAUCACCUCGAACAUCUGAGACAGCCGUUGGCUCCCAUGCUAACAAAGGAUGGGGUGCGUCUCCUUGUCUACUUAUCAUCAUCAUGUCGUUUCUAGCAGCAUCUGAAAAUACAAUGGCCUUUGAGUUGUGGCCUGCACCAAUGAAAAAAGAAAUCCAAAGACUGCAAGGAGACUACGAUUACGCAUCAUGGGAAUUAUUCCCUUCAUCGUUGCGAGAUAUGGCGGAUUGGGCAGAUGUUUAUCAAGAUCCCGAGCGAAAGGAUAAAUCCAGGGACCGUAUUUUGAUUUACAAGCAUAUUCCAGAUGGCGAGCCAGGAACGGUGUAUCCUGUGGCUCUCAGACUUCAAGGACUUCUGCGCGAAUUCCGUGUGGAAAGGUUCGGUAACUGGACUGGCCAAGAGGCUGAUGUAACGCGUGCAGUCCAACAUGUUACUAUCUCGUCGGGCGGGCAUGCAAAGGCUUGGGAGGCAACUAUCGACUCUCUUAAUCUCGCUUGCGAAUAUGUCAGCAGACGCUUGCAUUUGCCGAUGCAAGGCAUACCGCAGAAAAAGGAAUUGUAUUUGCAAAGGCGCGCAUUCAUCAAAAGAGAUAAGCCUCGCGGAUCCAAAACACCUGCCCUUUCAGCGACACAAGAUCCAGAAGGGAAAUACUUGCGCAUACAAGAGCAUUGGAGUGCUGUACGUCCCUUGACGAUAGCUGAUUUGACGAGUGCUGGCAAAAUACUGCCCAUGGAUGCUGUCUUAUUAACUGAAGGAGAUUUCGUGGAUGUCGGUGCGGAAUUGGAUUUCGUGUUGAGUCGCCAACGGAAUAAAGGGACAACACUGAAAUGUUUUCUGACAUGCACUCACAUCGUACGCAUGAUUCCUGCAGGCUAUGUCGAAAAAAUGAAGCUUGUGAGUUUCAGAUGAGUAGACGACAACAUUGCACUAAUGAUUUGUGCCAGGACAACAGCAUGUCUGACCGAAAGCGCACGUCUACACCGCCUCCACAAGAAAGACCCGCAAAGAAGAGUCACACAGCUCUGAGCUUCGAUGAAGAAUAGAGGAAUGCUAUGUGAACCUUCAGUACGGACAUAUUUGCAGUUGUUUAUUGGUAUUGUUAGGAGGGCAUCAAAUAAUCUUACUUAACCCUGCGGAUAGGGUCUUUUGAAAUAUUGUUUCUUCUCUCUUGACCAUGACGAAAGCGAAACACGACACUGUCUAUGACGGAGAGGCCA